AUGGCUGUGUCGACGUGCACCUCCGAGACGGCGACGGGCAAGCACGUGUUCAGGAUCGCCGACUACCAUAUACGCAAGGGUUUGGGCGUCGGCGAGUACAUACAGUCCGCCACCUUCGCCAUCGGCGGCUACGACUGGGACGCCAAGGUCAGGGCGGACUACGAGUUCAGGCUCAUCGACUCGGGUAGAGCGCCACCGCCGUCGCCAGUGACACAUCUGUUUACUAACAAGUACAACACAGUCGACCCGGAUGAAGCUCCUGCUAACUAUGGAGCUCCCAGGUUUAUGAAACAGCAGGAGAUAAAACCGUACCUGCGGGACGACUGCCUGGAGAUUGAGUGUGAAGUCCUCGUUAUCAAUGCUAUAACAAAACUUGAGGUGCAGGAGGUGCCGCCCUCGGACCUGCCGAAUCAUCUCAGAAAAUUGCUGGAUGGCAAGAGAGGAGCAUAUGUGACUUUUGAGGUUAAAGGCGAGGUUUUCUCUGCUCACAAGAUUAUGCUCGCCACGCGAUCGCCGGUCUUCGACGCUCAACUCGAUGGACCC